UAUAUGUGUUCCCAAUCCAUGUGAAAAUGGAGGUAUCUGUGUGUCAGGAUCGGCUGAUGAUUCAUUUUCCUGUGAGUGUCCAGAUGGCUUCACAGAUCCCAACUGUUCUAGUAUUGUGGAGGUUGCAUCAGAUGAAGAAGAGCCAACUUCAGCAGGUCCUUGCAUUCCCAAUCCAUGCCAUAAUGGAGGAACCUGUGAAAUAAGUGAAGCAUACCGAGGGGACACAUUCAUAGGCUAUGUUUGUAAAUGUCCUCGAGGAUUUAAUGGGAUCCAUUGUCAGCACAACAUAAAUGAAUGUGAAGCUGAGCCUUGCAGAAAUGGUGGAAUAUGUACAGAUCUUGUUGCUAACUAUUCCUGUGAAUGCCCAGGUGAAUUUAUGGGAAGAAACUGCCAAUAUAAAUGCUCAGGCCCAUUGGGAAUUGAAGGUGGAAUCAUAUCGAAUCAACAAAUCACAGCUUCAUCUACACAUCGAGCUCUUUUUGGACUCCAAAAGUGGUAUCCCUACUAUGCACGUCUUAAUAAAAAGGGACUUAUCAAUGCUUGGACGGCUGCAGAAAAUGACAGAUGGCCAUGGAUUCAGAUAAAUUUGCAAAGAAAGAUGCGAGUUACUGGUGUAAUUACCCAAGGAGCCAAGAGGAUUGGAAGUCCAGAAUAUAUAAAAUCCUACAAAAUUGCCUACAGUAAUGAUGGAAAGACUUGGGCAAUGUACAAAGUGAAAGGCACAAAUGAAGACAUGGUGUUCCGUGGAAAUGUUGAUAACAACACCCCCUAUGCUAACUCUUUUACACCGCCAAUAAAAGCUCAGUAUGUAAGACUCUAUCCCCAAGUUUGUCGAAGGCACUGCACUUUAAGAAUGGAACUUCUUGGCUGUGAGCUAUCAGGCUGUUCUGAGCCUCUGGGGAUGAAAUCAGGACACAUCCAAGAUUAUCAGAUUACUGCCUCUAGCAUUUUUAGAACUCUCAAUAUGGACAUGUUCACUUGGGAACCACGGAAAGCUCGGCUGGACAAACAAGGCAAAGUGAAUGCCUGGACUUCUGGACACAAUGACCAGUCACAGUGGUUACAGGUAGAUCUUCUUGUUCCUACAAAAGUGACUGGCAUUAUCACACAAGGAGCUAAAGAUUUUGGUCAUGUUCAGUUCGUAGGUUCCUACAAAUUAGCUUACAGCAAUGAUGGUGAACAUUGGACUGUAUACCAGGAUGAAAAGCAAAGAAAAGAUAAGGUUUUCCAGGGAAACUUUGACAAUGACACGCACAGAAAAAACGUCAUCGACCCGCCCAUCUAUGCACGGCACAUAAGAAUCCUUCCCUGGUCUUGGUAUGGGAGGAUUACGCUUCGGUCAGAGCUCUUGGGCUGUACAGAGGAGGAUUGAGAAGGCCACGCAUCCCAGAACCCACCUAUUUCCCCAAAUGUAUCUCCAUGGAAUGAACUGUGCAAAAUCUGUAGGAAAAUGAAUGGAGUUUUGUUUUGUUUUGUUUUUUUCAUGAAAAAGUGCUCAGUUUAUGGUAGGCCACUGUCUUUUAGGAGGUCUAAGCCUGCCUCGUCAAUGCUUCAAUUUGAUUUUUAUUGUUUAAAUUUCUUUAGUAACAUACUAUUAACUGGGUUUUACUUUUUGCAUUGUUUUCUUAGUGAUUCACACUGGUUGAAAUAUGCUGGGUAAAGAUAGAAGCAUUCUUUUAUAGCAAAGGUAAUCACAAAUCUCAUCAUUAUUAAACAGAAACAAAAGCUGAUAGAGCUUUCUUAGUCAAUACUCAACCAAUUCUUAUAAAAAAUACAUAUUAGCAAUAAGUUGUUUCUUUCUCCUUCAGUAACGACUCUAUGUCACACUAAUUGUUUCAUUGUGCCUACCAAACAUUCUCAGUGUUUAUAACAGAAUUUUGAAGUUGAAUCUGUAAUACACAGUAUUGAUAUUAUUCUUUUUUAAUCAAAGAUUAUUGAUUUAUUUUUAUUUUGGUUCUACUCUAUUCUUUAUGUUUUAUAUUGCCCGAAUAAAUUUUUUUCU